AUGACUUAGACUUCUUCUAAAAAAAGAUAAUAUGUUAAAAUUUCAAAAAAUCAAAAACAAGCCUUACUUCAGUUAGUCUUCUAAACUGGAAUUAAAAUUAGAGAAGUAUUUAGUGUUAUAAACAAAUUAGGCUUCCUUAAAGUUAAAUUUGAAAUAUGCUGCUGCUAAAACCUUAGUCUUACAAUUUAGAAAAAAUUUAAUAAAAAAAGAGUUUCAUUAUGCUUCUAAUUAACCUUGUUAAACUUGCCCAAAAAGAAAUGAGACUGUUUCAUUUAAAAUCAUAUCAUAAGUUGGGGGAAAAGAAAUCAAUUCUAAAACUUACAUAUACAAUUGA